AUGGCUGCAAAACCACCGCCAGGUUUCAUGGGUAUACCUGGCCCCACCUCUACUGGGGCGACUCCCGUCGCCGAACCCAGACCCAUGAGCCCAGCAGAGUUAGCUGUCAAAGCGCGUAAAUGGAAGCAAACUCAAAGUCGCAAGUAUGGAGAAAGAAGAGGCAAGACAGCAUUCGUUGAUACGGGUAAACAAGAGCUUCCACCUGAGCACGUUCGCAAAAUUGUGAAGGAUCAUGGUGACAUGAGCAACCGCAAAUACCGCGCUGAAAAGCGUGUACAUUUGGGCGCACUUAAAUAUGUCCCACAUGCCAUGUUGAAACUGCUGGAAAAUAUACCUAUGCCAUGGGAACAAGUGCGUGAGGUGCCCGUCUUGUACCACAUUACUGGUGCCAUCACCUUUGUUAAUGAGGUACCUAGGGUUAUCGAGCCCAUAUAUCAUGCUCAAUGGGCUACGAUGUGGCUGGCUAUGCGUCGCGAAAAACGUGAUCGUCGUCAUUUUAAGCGUAUGCGAUUUCCUCCUUUUGACGAUGAAGAGCCGCCUAUCGAUUACAGUGAUAAUAUACUGGAUGUUGAGCCCCUGGAAGCCAUCCAGCUGGAACUGGACGAGGAAGAGGACGCAGCUAUAAUUGAUUGGUUUUAUGAUCACAAGCCACUUGUAAAAGAUGCGAACCAUGUCAAUGGUCCCUCAUAUCGCUUCUGGACACUCGACUUACCCAAAAUGGCGGCAUUAUAUCGACUCGGUCGAACAUUGCAAAGUGAUUUUACCAUGGGUGACAAGAACUACUUUUAUCUCUUCGACCUAAAAUCGUUCUACACGGCCAAAUCGCUCAAUGUUGCCAUUCCUGGUGGUCCAAAGUUUGAGCCCUUGUACAAAGACAUGGAUGACUAUGAUGAUGACUGGAACGAGUUCAAUGAUAUAAGCAAGGUCAUCAUCCGACAGCCGAUACGUACGGAAUACAAAGUGGCAUUCCCGCAUCUUUAUAACAGUCGUCCGCGUUCUGUUUAUUUGGGCACUUACCACGAACCAAAAAAUGUCUAUGUGCAGACAGACGACCCAGACCUUCCGGCUUUUUACUUUGAUCCCGCCAUUAACCCAAUACCUAGUCGGGUCCUGGUAAACCUGGAUCUUUUCAGAUCGCAUUACAAUAAUGGUGAGCCAGUCUUGUCACAUGAGGAUACAGUGUUCGGUGAAGGUAUUCAAGGGGAUGAUGAACUUCCCGAUGAAAUGGCCUUCACGUUGCCGAAUGAAAUCGAACCUUUUUUCAACGAUCUACCUCUUGAAAAUGAACUCACAUCUGAUGCAAUUUCUCUUUGGUGGGCGGGUCCUCCGUAUAACAGACGCAGUGGCAUGACUCGCCGAACCGUCGAUGUACCGCUGAUUAAAGCAUGGUAUCUUGAACAUUGUCCUCCUGGUCAACCUGUCAAAGUGCGCGUAAGUUAUCAAAAGCUGCUCAAGAAAUAUGUACACAAUACGCUCCAUGCUCGUCCCUACAAGGCCCAAUCGAAAAAAUAUUUAUUCCGCCAGCUGAAGUCGACCAAGUUCUUCCAGACGACACGCCUAGAUUGGUUAGAAGCAGGCCUCCAGGUCGUCCGACAAAGCUUCAACAUGUUGAAUUUAUUAAUCCACCGCAAAGCUCUGACGUAUUUGCAUUUGGAUUACAAUAUGAAUUUGAAGCCUGUAAAAACUUUGACAACCAAAGAACGUAAAAAAUCACGUUUUGGUAAUGCAUUUCAUCUUGUUCGUGAGAUGGCACGGAUGACCAAAUUAAUUGUUGAUGCGCAUGUGCAAUAUCGACUUGGAAACUGUGAUGCAUACCAACUGGCUGAUGGUCUACAAUACUUGCUGAACCAUGUUGGUCAACUGACGGGCAUUUACCGCUAUAAAUACAAGGUGAUGCAUCAAAUCAGAGCAUGUAAAGAUCUUAAGCACGUUAUUUACUACCGGUUCAAUUCGGGACCUGUUGGUAAGGGUCCAGGCGUUGGUUUCUGGGGUCCUUCAUGGCGUGUAUGGAUUUUCUUUAUGCGGGGUGUGACGCCGCUUCUUGAGCGGUGGCUAGGAAACUUGCUAGCUCGUCAAUUUGAGGGUCGUAAUGGACGCACAGGGGGCAAGUCUGUUACGAAGCAACGUGUUGAAUCGCACUUUGACCUUGAGCUCCGUGCUGCCGUGAUGCAUGAUCUGCUUGAUAUGAUGCCUGAAGGUAUUAAGCAGAACAAGAGUAAGACGAUUCUCCAGCAUUUAACUGAGGCCUGGCGUUGUUGGAAAGCAAAUGUACCAUGGAAGGUUCCUGGUAUGCCUACUGCGAUCGAGAAUGUCAUUUUGCGGUAUGUGAAGUCUAAGGCAGAUUGGUGGACCUCUGUGGCUCAUUACAACCGAGAGCGGAUCCGUCGAGGCGCGACGGUUGACAAGACGGUAAGCCGCAAGAACUUGGGCCGUCUGACACGUCUAUACCUCAAAGCUGAGCAAGAACGGCAAAACGCGUACCUGAAGGAUGGUCCAUAUAUCACGUCUGAAUCGGCUGUGGCGAUUUAUACGUCUACUGUGCACUGGCUCGAAAGUCGGCGAUUCCAGCCCAUACCUUUCCCUUCACUGAACUUUAAGCAUGAUACAAAGCUUUUGGUCUUGGCGCUCGAGAAACUUAAGGAAGCGUACAGUGUUCAAGGGCGUCUAAACCAAACGCAGCGUGAAGAAUUAGCUUUGAUCGAACAAGCAUUUGACAAUCCUCACGAGACUUUGGCACGCAUCAAGCGACUCAUGCUGACACAGCGCGCCUUCAAGGAAGUGGGUUUGGAGUUUUUCGACACGUUCGCCAAGUUGGUGCCAACAUACGACAUUGAGCCAAUUGAAAAGAUCACAGAUGCCUACCUUGAUCAAUAUUUGGCAUAUGAAGCGGAUAAGCGUGCCUUGUUCCCGGCAUGGAUCAAGCCAAGUGAUCAAGAGCCGCCUCCGCUACUGGUGUACAAAUGGUCUAAUGGUAUCAAUAAUCUGCAAAAUGUGUGGGACACUUCGCAUGGUGAAUGUAAUGUGCUUAUGGAGACGACGCUGUCUAAAGUAUUUGACAAGGUUGAUAUAACGUUGCUGAAUCGCCUGCUGCGUUUGAUCAUGGAUCACAACCUGGCUGACUACAUCACGGCAAAAAAUAACGUAUCGAUUGUCUGGAAGGAUAUGGCACACGUGAAUUCGUACGGUCUAAUCCGUGGUUUGCAAUUCUCGGGCUUCGUGUUUCAAUACUAUGGCUUGAUCCUUGAUUUGUUGAUUCUUGGUCUCCGGCGUGCAAGUGAUCUCGCCGGUUCACCAAAGAUGCCGAAUGGCUUCCUUCAAUUCGAAAACAAGAAUACUGAGACGCGACACCCCGUGCGUAUGUAUAUGCGAUACGUCGACCGUGUGCAUAUUUUGUAUCGCUUUACGGCAGAUCAGGCUCGGGAUUUAAUUCAACGAUACCUCAGUGCCAAUCCUGAUCCUAACAACAGCAACUUGAUUGGCUACAACAACAAAAAGUGCUGGCCGCGCGAUUGCCGUAUGCGACUAAACAAGCAUGAUGUGAAUCUCGGACGUGCCGUAUUUUGGACCGUCAAAAAUUCGCUUCCUCGCAGCUUAACAACGAUCGAGUGGGAUGACACAUUCGUAAGUGUUUACAGCAAGGACAAUCCCAACCUACUCUUCUCGAUGCAAGGAUUUGAGGUGCGUAUCCUGCCUAAGAUCCGUCAGGGUGAUAUGAGCGACCAGCGUGAUGGCGUUUGGUCGCUUGUGAAUGCCGAGACGGGUGAGCGUAGUGCUCAGGCCUACUUGCGUGUAUCAGACGAGUCCAUCGCUAGCUUCCACAACCGCGUUCGUCAAAUUCUUAUGGCCGCUGGUUCGGCUCCCUUCGCCAAGAUUGUGAACAAGUGGAACACGACUUUGAUUGGUCUGAUGACGUACUAUCGAGAGGCUGUGAUUCACACGAAUGAAUUACUGGACCUCUUGGUUAAAUGCGAAAACAAGGUUCAGACUCGGGUCAAGAUUGGUUUAAACAGUAAAAUGCCAUCACGUUUUCCACCGGUUGUGUUUUACAGUCCGAAAGAGCUAGGUGGUCUUGGUAUGCUAUCCAUGGGCCAUGUUCUCAUACCCCAAUCGGAUUUGCGCUGGUCCAAGCAGACCGAGACAGGCAUCUCUCAUUUCCGUUCAGGAAUGAGCCAUGAUGAAGACCAGCUGAUUCCCAACUUGUACCGUUAUAUUCAGAGUUGGGAAUCAGAGUUUCUGGACAGUUCACGUGUUUGGUCAGAAUAUGCACACAAGCGCCGAGAAGCCAAUGCGCAGAAUCGUCGCCUCACUCUUGAGGAUUUGGAAGAUUCUUGGGAUCGUGGUAUUCCGCGUAUUAAUACACUAUUCCAGAAGGACCGCACUAUUUUGUCGUACGAUAAGAUGUGGCGCCUGCGGAACGAGUUCAAGCAGUAUCAGUUGCUUAAGUACAAUCCGUUCUGGUGGACCUCACAGCGACAUGAUGGCAAGUUGUGGCAGUUGAAUCAAUACCGCACAGAUAUUAUUGCUGCUCUCGGUGGUGUGGAAGGCUGUCUUGAGCACACAUUGUUCAAGGGCUGUAACUUCCCGACAUGGGAAGGAUUGUUCUGGGAGAAGGCAUCUGGUUUCGAAGAUCAGAUGAAACACAAGAAGCUUACGAAUGCUCAGCGUUCGGGUCUUUCCCAAAUUCCCAACCGUCGCUUUACUUUGUGGUGGAGUCCCACCAUCAACCGUGCCAAUGUGUACGUUGGUUUCCAGGUGCAGCUUGAUCUUACCGGUAUUUUCAUGCAUGGUAAGAUCCCCACAUUGAAGAUUUCUCUGAUUCAACUUUUCCGAGCGCACUUGUGGCAAAAAAUCCACGAGAGUAUUGUCAUGGAUUUGUGUCAGGUGUUUGAUCAAGAACUUGAAGCUCUUCAAAUUGAGACUGUCCAGAAAGAAACUAUUCAUCCGCGAAAGUCGUACCGUAUGAAUGCUUCUUGCGCCGAUAUUGUCUUGUUUGCCAGUUACAAAUGGCCCAUGUCAAACCCUUCUUUGCUCACUGAUUCGCGUGAAGUCGUGGGUGGAGCGAGUGGAUCCAAAUGGUGGAUUGAUGUGCAACUGCGGUGGGGCGACUUUGAUUCGCACGAUAUCGAACGAUACUGCCGUGCUAAAUACUUGGACUAUACCACAGACAACACUUCUAUCUACCCGUCGCCAAGUGGUGUCCUGAUUGGUAUUGAUCUGGCCUAUAAUAUGCAUUCUGCCUAUGGUUCCUACAUCCCUGGAUCCAAGCCCCUACUGCAGCAGGCCAUGGCGAAAAUCAUGAAAGCGAACCCUGCCCUUUAUGUGCUUCGCGAACGUAUUCGCAAGGGUCUACAAUUGUACAGCUCUGAGCCAACAGAGCCAUAUCUCAACUCCGGAAACUAUGCGGAGCUGUUCAGCAACCAGGUGAUUUGGAUGAUCGACGAUACUAACGUGUAUCGCGUGACUAUCCAUCGAACAUUCGAAGGCAAUUUAGUGACUAAGCCAAUCAACGGUGCCAUCUUCAUUUUGAAUCCGCGCACGGGACAACUGUUCCUCAAGGUGAUCCACACGUCGGUGUGGGCAGGCCAGAAGCGACUCGGACAAUUGGCCAAGUGGAAGACGGCUGAAGAAGUGGCAGCUUUGGUGCGUUCCUUGCCGGUAGAGGAACAGCCUAAACAGGUGAUUGUAACGCGGAAAGGUAUGCUUGAUCCACUGGAAGUUCAUUUGCUGGACUUCCCGAAUAUUGUGAUAAAGGGAUCUCAACUACAACUACCAUUCCAGGCAUGUAUGAAGCUGGAGAAGAUUGGCGACCUGAUUCUUCGUGCAACCCAGCCUCAAAUGGUAUUGUACUCUCUCUAUGAUGAUUGGCUCAAGAGCAUUUCGCCUUAUACGGCGUUCUCACGAUGCAUUUUGCUCUUGCGUGCUUUGCAUGUUAAUUCGGAGAAGACCAAGAUCAUUCUGAGGCCUAAUAUCAACACGGUGACUCAGCCACAUCAUAUCUGGCCGACAUUCUCGGACGAAGAAUGGAUCAAAGUCGAAAUUGCCUUACGUGACUUGAUUUUGCAAGACUAUGGUCGUCGAAACCAGGUGGCUGUUGCAAGCUUGACGUCAAGUGAAAUUCGAGAUAUCAUCCUUGGUAUGGAGAUCUCAUCGCCUUCACAACAGCGCCAGCAGAUGGCCGAGAUUGACCAGAAUCAGCCGCAGCAGCAAGUCACGGCUACGCAAACGCGUACCGUUAAUGUACAUGGCGACGAGCUUCAGACGAUCACUACUUCGCAAUACGAAAACCAAGUGUUUAGCUCGAAGAGUGACUGGCGUGUGCGUGCGCUGAGUGCCACAAACCUUCCAUUACGCUGUCAGCACUUGUAUGUAUCGAAUGACGAUGUGCGUGAGGAUGCGGGUGCACUCACCUACGUGAUUCCUAAGAAUAUCCUCAAGACGUUCAUUAUCACUGCAGACCUCCGAUCUCAGGUCGCAGGUUACCUAUAUGGUGCCUCGCCUCCCGAUAUGCCAGGUGUGAAAGAAAUCAGGCUGAUUGUCUGGGUGCCUCAGCGCGGCAGCAACACCGGUGUCGAGUUACCCGAGCAGCUGCCGACGCAUGAGCAUAUGCUUAAGGAUCUUGAGCCUCUGGGCUGGAUCAAGACGCAAGCACAAGAUCUUCCGCAUUUGGCGCCGACGGAUGUGGCCACGCAUGCGCACAUGAUGGCGGCACAUCCGGAAUGGGGUGCGAAUAGCGUGUGCAUUACGUGUGCCUUUACGCCAGGUUCGGUAAGCUUAUCGGCACAUACUUUGAGUGUUGCUGGCUUCGAAUGGGGCCGCAAGGCGUCCGCGGCGGAUGCGCUUGGACCGGCGACAGGCUUCAAUACCAGUAUGGUUGACAGGGCACAGCUUCUCCUGACUGACCGUAUUCUCGGUACCACAUUAGCCCCUACGGAUGGUGCCUGGAACUAUGGGCUGUCGCUGUCGGCUCAGUGGACACCGCACUUCCAUUAUACGCUCCAAUUGGCUCGUCCCGCUGCAUUCUGGGAUGAGAUUCACCGACCUCAGAGCUUCUUGUCCUUCGCAGGUGCACUAGCCGACGAUGAGAAUACGGCGGACUGGCAAGAUGCGUUACAUUAA